GAGCCGCGGUCUGGUCUGAUACCUCUCAUUACUGCCUCCGACUCUACCUGACGCAGCUGAAGCAGUGAGUGAGGAAACCCGCCACCAGCAUCCUGCACCAUGGAGGCGGCCACAGCACCAAAGCCAUGGACAUCAUAUGCACUCGGAGGACACAGCUCAGUGUUUCCUAUUUUAACAUUCAUUUUAAGCCAGUGUUGUCGGAUAAGAGCAGAUGACGGCGGCAUGGAGGAACUUGCCACGGAGAAAGAGGCAGAGGAAAGUCACAGGCAGGACAGCGUGAAUUUACUUACAUUCAUUUUGCUUUUGACACUCACUAUCCUCACAAUAUGGCUCUUCAAACACAGAAGAGUGCGCUUCCUGCACGAAACGGGACUGGCUAUGAUAUACGGUCUGUUGGUGGGUGUUAUUUUGCGGUAUGGCAUUCCCUCCACCAGUUACCAUAAUAAAACUCCUCCGAGUUGCACCCUGCAGGAGGGUCCUGUCAGCACGGUGCUCCUCAACGUUAGCGGAAAGUUAUUUGAGUACACACUCAAGGGGGAGAUCAACCUUCAAGAAAUCCACAGUGUGGAGCAGAAUGACAUGUUGCGCAAGUUGACCUUUGACCCAGAGGUGUUCUUCAACAUUCUGCUACCUCCCAUCAUAUUCCACGCCGGAUAUAGCCUCAAAAAGAGACACUUCUUCAGAAACCUAGGAUCCAUCAUAACUUAUGCGUUCCUGGGCACUGCCAUUUCCUGUUUUGUCAUUGGAAACCUCAUGUAUGGCGUGGUGAAACUGAUGCAGGUUUUGGGUCAACUCACUGACAAGUUCUACUACACAGACUGCCUCUUCUUUGGUGCCGUAAUAUCUGCCACGGAUCCAGUCACAGUGCUUGCGAUCUUUAAUGAGCUUCAUGCUGAUGGUGAUCUCUAUGCACUGCUGUUUGGAGAGAGUGUCAUGAACGAUGCAGUCGCCAUAGUCCUUUCAUCAUCUAUUGUGGCGUAUCAGCCUGCAGGAGCCAACACACACACAUUUGAUGCCUCUGCCUUCUUCAAAUCGGUGGGCGUCUUCUUGGGCAUCUUCAGUGGCUCUUUUGCUAUGGGUGCAGUCACUGGAGUAGUCACUGCCCUCGUGACAAAAUUCACCAAGCUACACUGUUUCCCUCUGCUGGAGACGGCUCUGUUCUUCCUCAUGUCUUGGAGUACUUUUCUACUGGCUGAAGCUUGUGGAUUCACAGGUGUUGUCGCUGUGCUGUUUUGUGGAAUCACACAGGCCCAUUAUACCUACAACAAUCUCUCUGAGGAAUCAACCAAACGCACUAAACAGUUGUUUGAGGUGCUGCACUUCCUAGCAGAGAACUUCAUCUUCUCAUACAUGGGCCUGGCGCUCUUCACCUUUCAGAAUCACGUCUUCAGCCCCAUUUUCAUAUUUGGAGCCUUUAUAUCCAUCUUUAUCGGCCGGGCCUUGAACAUCUAUCCUUUGUCUUUCCUGAUUAACCUGGGCCGAAGACACAAAAUCAGGGGAAACUUUCAGCACAUGAUGAUGUUUGCAGGGCUGCGAGGGGCAAUGGCAUUUGCUCUGGCUAUCCGUGACACCGCCACAUACGCGCGGCAGAUGAUGUUCACCACGACCCUGCUCAUUGUGUUCUUCACAGUUUGGGUGUUUGGAGGAGGCACCACGCCAAUGCUGUCCUGGCUACAUAUCAGGGUUGGAGAGACGUCUGCUGCAGAGAAGGAGAGGCUGCGUAGACUGUGGAAUUACGUCAGAGUUGGAGUGGACCCUGACCAAGAUCUUCAGCCAUGUGGGGACAGCUUCCAGGUUCUUCAGGGAGAUGGAACCCAGUCAGAAGGACAGAGCAAGACCAAGCAAGAGAGCGCCUGGCUUUUUAGACUUUGGUAUACUUUUGACCACAAUUACCUAAAACCUAUCCUGACCCAUAGCGGUCCCCCUUUGACCUCUACUCUGCCGGCCUGCUGCGGUCCUCUGGCUCGUUGUCUGACCAGCCCCCAGGCCUAUGAGAACCAUGAGCCGCUGCGAGACAAUGACUCAGACCUCAUCCUGAACGAAGGAGACCUGACGCUGACCUAUGGUGACACAGCCAUCACAGCCAAUGGGGCCUCGUCCUCCUCUGGCCCCGAAGGAUCAGGCGGCAGCUGGGGUGUGAACGGCAAACGCAGCGACAGCACGUCAGAGGAUGCUCUGGAGCGAGAACUGGACACGCGUGAACAUGAGCUCUUGAGCCGCGGCACACGUCUCGUUUUCCCCAUGGAGGACCACGCUUGACCCCGCCUCCCAAACCUUAAACCACGCCUCCCUGCGCUCCAUACCUCCACUUUUCUUGCACAUUAAUCCAUCGGACCACCCACGACCCCUCCAAAGAUCUCAUGCAGGGGGUCUUAACACUCAAGGGAACCGAAAGAUGGAGAUCAGGAGGGUUUAUUCUCAGAGAAACGGAGGCGACAUAAUUGAUGCUGUGGCAGACUCGAUUCUGAGUCUGCUCCUGAAAAUGUGAUUUGUGGAAGAAAAAAUAUAAAAAACUGUAUAUCAGACAGCUUUGGACACUGAUUGUCCUUAUGAUGAGGGAUUGAUACUGAAUGGUCUCUGCUGCCCUAAACAUUCACAUUCAUACAGUCUCUCACACACACACACUGCCCGCCUCAUAUUAACAUUUUAGCUUAAUCAUUUUUUGUUUUCUGUUAGCAUUGCUGCUACAAACUGGAAAUAUGAUUGACAAAUAUGAUUGAGCCAGUAUUUUAGUUUUGUAUGAACAGCCAGUAUUUAAUUUGCAUUUAAAUGCUCGUCUUUCCCAUCAGGCGAAUAAGCAAGCAGCUCAUAAUGUUUGUAAAUAUUCCAUGGCAGUGGUGCUUGUGAAAGCUCACAAACACAAUGGCAACAUUGACAUGAGUGCAUGCUCAUCUCAUGACUGCAUACGGGAACCUUGUAAUACUUAACUCUAGUGAGUUGGAGUUUACACUUCCUGCAGUAUCUUGGUUGUAUGAACGCCAAAUUGACGUGCCGGUCGCUGUAAAUAUGAAUGUUGAUCUGCACAGCCGUGAGACUUUUUUUUUUUUUUUUUUGAACAGCUGGAUGCAACCAGAGUGUAUGAGCCGUGCACUUUAGCUGCAGCUGAGCUGCAGUCCUUGCAUGUUUUGCUUUAUUAUAUUAGCAUAUUAACCACUUGCACACUCGCAGCCAGAAUUUGAGAUGCAGAACGGUGUAAUUAUCAAGGAGUCUUCAGAUCUGCAUCAAACAUUCCUUUUGCGCCUCCUCAAAUUAGAAUGUUCUUGAAGGUGGAUUUUUCCACGUGUACGAGUUGCUGCUAUAUAGCAGUCGGCGAUUCUGAAAUCAGGAAUCUGGUGUGUUGACCCGGCUGUUUGUGUGUUCAUACAGUAACCGGGUGGCCUUGUGCCAGUAACCGCCAAUGCGCAUUCCUUCCAUCCUCCAUGUCUAGAAAUGAAUCAUGUUAAUGAAUGCAAGUCUAAAGUCCGAGAGUUUAGUAAAUAACUAACUUACAGAUGUUGGAAAUAAGUCAUCAUUCAUUCCGAUUUAUACUCGACACAAUAAACUAACUUUGCACUCUUUCCAUUCAGUAACCUUUACAACGGUCUGCACUUGCGCCUGUCUGUUUGCUUGAGGUGUGCGAGGAAAUGCAUCACUUCAGCGUAAACUAGUUCAACAUCUGAUCAGAACAUAAAUGUGAAUCAAGGAGAUUUGCACUAUUUAUGUGGAGUUUCGGCUAGCACAUGAGCCUUGCGGGCUUCAUGGCAAUCGCGGUUUGAGGUGCAGAACCUUAAACUGGCUGUAGCAAAAGACUGAAUUCACAUGUAAUCCGGCUAAGAAGUCACUCCUCCUCUGAAUGACUCUUUCAACCUGUCUGAUAGCUUUUUUUUUUCUGAACAUACUAUGGUGGACUUGUGUGUACCUUCAGGAUAUGUAUCUCCCUCCUGUAGCAUUCAUCUUUUACUUGCUGUUCUGCAUGUCAGUAUAUAAACAAACAACAAAAAUCCAUAAUCAAGCUGCUGUUUUUUUGUCUGUGAUGUAUGAAACACCAAAACACUCAGUUUUCCCAUUUGAAUCCCUAUUAAGAUUCACUCAGCCUGUUAAAUAAUGUGGGAAAAAAACUGUGGUAUGGAUUGUAGUUUAUCAAUUGUACGUUUACAAAAAAAAAAAGCCAAUGUAUCAGUGGGCUACAGUAGCAAUACCCAAGUAAGGUAUUUGAUUUAUUUUAUAUGUCAUUAAAUAAUAAGAAUAAUAAAACGAGAAA